AUGGCUGCGCCCCAGCCGCAGGCUUCGGCGGGGUCCUCGGCGGCGGGAGUGUCAGGGCCCGGCUCUGCCGGCGGCCCCGGUCCCCAGCCGCAGCCGCAGCCGACGCAGCUGGUGGGACCCGGCCAGAGCGGGCUCCUGCAGCAGCAGCAGCAGGACUUCGACCCUGUGCAGCGCUACAAGAUGCUCAUCCCGCAGCUCAAGGAGAGUCUGCAGACUUUGAUGAAGGUUGCGGCCCAGAACCUGAUUCAGAACACUAACAUUGACAAUGGACAAAAGAGCAGUGAUGGACCCAUACAGCGAUUUGACAAAUGUCUGGAGGAGUUUUAUGCUCUCUGUGAUCAGCUGGAACUCUGCUUGCGCCUGGCCCACGAAUGCCUUUCACAGAGCUGCGACAGCGCCAAGCACUCUCCGACGCUGGUACCCACGGCCACCAAGCCAGAUGCAGUGCAGCCAGACAGCUUGCCCUAUCCUCAGUACCUGGCUGUCAUCAAAGCCCAGAUUACCUGUGCCAAGGACAUUCACACUGCCCUGCUGGACUGUGCCAAUAAGGUCACAGGCAAGACUACUGCAGCCUCCGCUGGCCCUGGGGGCAGCCUCUGAGGUCUUGGUGGGGGUGGGGCAGAGAAUGAAGUAUGGCUUAAGGCAAA